CCCCACACCCCGUUUUCUUCAGUUCUCGCGUGGGAGGCUAUUCUCGGGCCGCUUAUGCUCUGCGCUUUUCUGGGGCCGGUGCUUCACGACGACGGAGCGACAGGGUAUUGUGUUACCAAACCAGAGGUGAUCUUCAGGCUAGAGCAAGGAGAGGAGCCAUGGAUAUUGGAGGAAGAAUUCCCAAGCCAGAGCUUCCCAGAAAUCUGGAAAACUGAUCACAAGAAAGAAAGGAGCCACGAAAACCAGCCUAAACAUGUGUGGGAAGUUGCAUUCAUCAAUAAUAAAAUGCUAACUAAAGAACGAGGCAACGUAGUAGGAAAACCACAUAACUUGGACACAAACUCUUUUCCUUCCAGCAAAACCCUCUGUCAGUGUGACUCAUGUGGAGUGAGUUUCAACUGUAUUUCAGAAUUGUUUAUCAAUAAGAAAAACUAUUUAGGAAAAAAGACUGAUGAAUUUAAUGCCUGUGGAAAAUUACUACUCAGUAUUAAACACGAGAAAACUCAUACUAGAGAGAAAAGUGAAUUUUUUAAAAAUGGGAAAACUUUCAGUCAUGAUGAGGACCCUAUUCAUCAUGAGAAGAUUCAAACUUUAGAGCAAAAUUUUGAUCAUAACAUUUAUCAAGAAACCUUCCUUGAAAAGGCAAUAUUCAGUACAUACAGGAAAGAGAUUGCAGAAGGGAAUGACUGUGAAUGUAAUGAAUAUGGGAGAACCUUCUUUGAUAAUUCCUCCUUCUUAUUCCACCAGAUAAAUUCCUCAAAGGAAAAUCACUAUGGAUUUAGUGGUUGUGGAAAAUCCUUAUGUGUGAAGUCUACCCUUUUGAAACCUCAUGGGGCACAUAUGAAACACUAUGACUGUAAUGAAAGUGGGAAUAAUUUCAGGAGGAAUUUAUGCCUUUCACAACUUCAGAAAACUCAUAAAGGAGAAAAACACUUUGAAUGUAAUGAAUGUGGGAGAGCGUUUUGGGAGAAGUCCCACCUCACUCGACAUCAGAGGAUACACACAGGAGAGAAACGCUUUCAGUGUAAUGAAUGUGGAAAAACUUUCUGGGAGAAGUCAAACCUCACUAAACAUCAGAGGUCACACACAGGGGAGAAGCCCUAUGUGUGCAGUGAAUGUGGGAAAGCCUUCAGCCACAAGUCAGCCCUCACGUUACACCAGAGAACACAUACGGGGGAGAAACCUUAUCAGUGUAAUGCAUGUGGGAAAACUUUUUACCAGAAGUCAGACCUCACUAAACACCAGAGAACACACACAGGGCUGAAACCCUAUGAAUGCUAUGAAUGUGGGAAAUCCUUCUGUAUGAAUUCACACCUUACAGUGCAUCAGAGAACUCAUACAGGUGAGAAACCUUUUGAAUGUCCUGACUGUGGGAAAUCUUUCUGUCAGAAGUCACAUCUUACACAACAUCAGAGAACUCACAUAGGGGAUAAACCCUACGAAUGUAAUGCCUGUGGGAAAACUUUCUACCACAAGUCAGUACUCACUAGGCACCAGAUCAUUCAUACAGGGUUGAAACCUUAUGAAUGCUAUGAAUGUGGGAAAACCUUUUGCUUGAAGUCUGACCUCACAGUACAUCAGAGAACUCACACAGGGGAGAAGCCCUUUGCAUGUCCUGAAUGUGGGAAAUUCUUCAGCCAUAAGUCUACCCUCUCUCAACAUUAUAGGACACAUACAGGGGAGAAGCCCUUUGAAUGUCACGAAUGUGGGAAAAUCUUCUAUAAUAAAUCAUACCUAACUAAACAUAAUAGAACACACACAGGGGAGAAACCCUAUGAAUGUAACGAAUGUGGGAAAACCUUCUGCCAGAAGUCUCAGCUCACUCAGCACCAGAGAAUUCACAUAGGUGAGAAACCCUAUGAGUGUAAUGAAUGUGGAAAGGCUUUCUGUCAUAAGUCAGCCUUAAUUGUCCACCAGAGAACUCAUACAGAAGAAAAGCCCUAUAAAUGUAAUGAAUGUGGAAAAUCUUUCUGUGUGAAGUCAGGACUUAUUUUACAUCAGAGAAAACACACAGGGGAGAAACCCUAUGAAUGUAAUGAAUGUGGAAAAUCCUUCAGUCACAAAUCAUCCCUCACAGUGCAUCACAGGGCUCACACAGGAGAGAAAUCUUGUCAAUGUAAUGAAUGUGGGAAAAUUUUUUACCGUAAAUCAGACCUUGCUAAACAUCAGAGAUCACACACGGGGGAGAAGCCCUAUGAAUGUAACACAUGUGGAAAAACCUUCUCUCAGAAGUCAAACCUCAUUGUACAUCAAAGAACACACGCAGGAGAAAAACAAAAACCUUAUGAAUGUCAUGAAUGUGGAAAAACCUUCAACCAGAAGUCAGCCCACACAAGACAUCAGAGAACACACACGGGGGAAAAAUCUUGUGAAUGUCAUGAAUGUGGGAAAACUUUCUACAAGAAUUCAGACCUCAUUAAACACCAGAGAAUUCACACAGGGGAGAAACCUUUUGAAUGUCAGGAAUGUGGGAAAUCCUUCAGUGAAAAGUCUACCCUCACUCAACAUCAGAGAAAACACACAGGGGAGAAACCAUAUGAGUGUUGUGAAUGUGGGAAAGCCUUCUCAUUUAAGUCCGUCCUUACUGUACAUCAAAAAACACACACAGGGGAGAAGCCCUAUGAAUGUUAUGAAUGUAGGAAGGCCUUUCUCAGAAAAUCAGACCUCAUUAAACAUCAAAGAACUCACACAGGGGAAAAACCUUAUGAAUGUAACGAAUGUGGGAAAUCCUUCUCUGAGAAGUCAACUCUUACCAAACAUCUGAGAACUCACACAGGUGAGAAACCCUAUGAAUGUACUGAAUGUGGAAAAUUUUUCUGCUACUCCUCGGGUUUCACAGAACAUCAGAGAAGACACACAGGGGAGAAACCUUUUGGAUGUAAUGAAUGUGGGAAAAAUUUCCGUCAGAAGUCAGCCCUAAUUGUUCAUCAGAGAACUCACAUAAGACAGAAACCUUAUGAAUGUAAUGAAUGUGGAAAAUCAUUCUGUGUAAAGUCAAAACUCAUUGCACAUCAUAGAACACACACGGGGGAAAAACCCUAUGAAUGUAAUGUUUGUGGAAAAUCAUUCUAUGUGAAGUCUAAACUCACGGUACAUCAACGAACACAUUUGGGGAGAAACCCUAUAAAUGUAAUAAAUGAGGGAAAUCACUCUGGGUGAAGUCAAGAGUUUAUAGAAAAAGAACACAAAUGGGGAGAAAAAUCCAUUGAUACAAUGAUUUUAAUAACAUCUUUGGUCUAAAGUCAGUUCUCACAAUAUAGCAGAGAACUUAACAGAGGGGAGAGAAUGAUAUGAAGCUAUGGAAUAUAGAAAACUUUUGUGUUGGAAUUUGAACCAUACUGUAUAUCAGAAAACUCAGUGGAGAAAACCUAUUGGUGAAUGAAUAUAGGGAACCUUUUGCCCAAAGCCACACCUCACUAAACAUCAAAGAAAACACAUAAGUUAGAAACCUCUAUCAGCAUUCGUAGGGUAGAGAAGACUUUAUCCACGGGCCUUAGAAAAUGCACAAAUUAUAGGAAACUAUAGGAAAAUAUUUACUCUGAGGUGAUGACUUGUGUGAAGUGCUUGAAGUAGGAUCUGGUCGAUGUUGGAAAUUACUAGAGAAAAUAUUUUAAAUAUGUGGAAGCUUUAAGUUAAAUCUAAGCUUAUACAUCAGAGAUUUUGAAGGGUUUCUAGCAAUUGAGGAAAUGUGGAGAACUUUUCAUUUAGAAAUAGUGUUUUAUUUUUGUAAAGAUACACUUUGGCCCCUUGCCAGGUCCGUUGUUCCCCUCUGUUUAAGGUAUUAGACGUGAAAACACACCACACUGGGAGCACAGUUGUAAGCACGUCUGAGGCUUAUUGUUCAGGCAUAUGCAAAACAAGAGAAGAUUUUUAGCAAGAGGACCCACCAACAGGACUUUCUGAUGUCCAGGUAAAAAAGAGAGAUUUUGGAUCUGGUGACACAUGUAGGAGUAGCUUGCCAGCAGGAUGUUUUAGUAAUUCUGGGAUAGACUGAUUUUGAGUGGCUCAUCCUGGAAUGGUGGAUCAAAGGGGAAAGGUGAGUUGCUAUGCAUGCAACAUAGUGAAUGUAGGAAAAGUGAGUGUGGAGCAUAGGUGGUUUCUUCCCUGGCAAGUGUCAUCCUGUUGUGAGUGACUUACUGCACCCAACUCUAUUUCUCCACAUACUUAACACCUUUCAUAUGUGAUGUAACAAUUUAAAAAAACUGAAACAAUUAUAUAUGAAAAUGCAUUCUUAAAUAUAGAGCUUUAAAAAAGCACAAGUAGAUACUACUACUGGGUGGGUUAUAGUAGCUUACAGCAGAUCAGUGUACUAACUGAGAACAACUAGAAAAAUAUCACAAAAAGCAUCUAUUUGAAUGCAGCCUAUUGCUGCAGAAGCAAAGAGGACUAGAGGUAACAUUCAGGAGAGGAGUGAAUCAUAGAAAGUACACGGGCAAAAUGCAGCUGUUUUACCUGGGAGCACUUGCCAGUUCUGGCCACAGAGAGGAGCCUGAGUAUUGAGCGUGGCUCAGGUGGAGGCUGGAACUCUUAGGAGGGCAGAGACGAGAGCCAGCAGAGCUUUUGGCCGUCAAGGCUGGAGUGAAAAAUUCUUAAACAUUAGAGGUCAGACACAUAGACAGUUUUUAAGGAAAUUUUUAGAAGACUGACUCAACACAGGGCAGGAGCCUGAAAAGCAAAGCUGAAAGUAGAUUUUUUUUCAGUACUAAGAAAAAAUGAUUAGAAUUUGGGAACUGCCAGUAGUUUGGGCCCUUGCUGAGCACAGCAUGCUAUCAGUAAAAGCAAGGUCAUAUCAGAGGUAGAUUGUACCUUAUUGCAAUUGCAAAUGAUACCUGGUAUUUAAAAAAAAACAAAAAACAAACAGAAACCUGCCCAGAAAGAAAACUCUUAAGAACAGAUGGCUUCACUGUAGUUAUUCCAAAUAUUUAAGAAGGAAAUGAUACCAAGCUUUUAUGAAUUUUUCCAGAGAAAGGAAGAUGGAACUUUUCUAAUUCAUUUUGUGAGCUCAGUAUAACCUUGAUGCCAAAACCUGUAAAAGACAUUUCAGGAAAGUAAAGUUACCAGUAUUUUAUGAAUUAAGGUGCAUAAUCCUAAAUUUAAAAAAAUCCAGUCAUAUCCAUGGACCAAGUAAUGUUUAUUAAAGAAGCCAAAGGAUUUAAUAUUUAAAAUGAAAUCAGUUUGGCCAGUUCUUCCUCUCAUGUUCUUCUUUCUCCCUUGUGCUUUCUGUAUUUCUCUCUUGCCUUCCCUUCCUAGAGUGGACGUCAGAACAGGCCUGCGUUGGGGGAUGAGAAAGGUAUUGUGGUGAGGUGCACACCUGCAUCAGGAGUGUUGAGGGCAGCUGGAAGAGACGAUCAGCAUGGCUGAAAUAUUUAACAUUGAGCAAAUAAAAUGUAUUGCGGAUGAUGAGAGCCAGAUUGGAGAAGGCUUUCAUAAAAAUGGAGAAGGGGAAAGUUAGAAAACCCCGGAGUGUUGGAUUGAAAUGUAACUCAUAGAAGUGUGUGUGUGUGUGUGUGUGUGUGUGUUAUGGAUCUGUCUGCUGAGAGGGCCUGCGCACAUUGAUACCCCAGGCGCAGUGAGCACACCCAAGUGCCAGUUUACUAAUUUCUAAAUGCUGUCCUCCACCAAAAAAGAGACCAAGUUUCUGGAGUGAUGGCAGGUUCCAGGUCAGAGAUAGGAAGAAAUAUAAGAUGAACCUGAAUCAUCUUACCUACCAGACAGAAAAUGUUCAGAGACUCUUGGAGACAAAAGUACCAUCUUGGACAGGUUCCACUGGCCAAAUGUGAGACAGUUCGGACAAAAAAUAACAAUAGCAUCAGAAUACAAGAGACUUAAUAAAAUGUGAAUCCAUUAAUUUAUAGUGAUAUAAAUAAAUGAGUAAAUUCAUGGAGAAGGGAAAACUUUUCUUUACAGAAGAUGCCAAUUAAUGUAGGGAGAAUAAUGGAAAUAGGAAAACACCAUAGCAGCCAUCAGAGUGGUGGUUGAUUUAGGUGGUAGUUGCCAACAUAAGCUAGAGUGUGUGGGUAGAGGUUUGAUGAAGAAUAUGAUAUUAACAUAAUCUUCAGAAAUUUCCCCACAAAAUACUAAUCAGCUGCAAAGGUGAAAGUGGUAAUUUUAUGAUUAAACCCGGCAGAAACCAACAUGAUUAGGUGAUCAAAGUUCACCUCACCAGUGGGGUAGGACAGGUCAACACGAUGUGUCCCCUGAUGGGAUGCCCUGAGAAGAGCCAGCAUCAUCUGUGUGGUAUUUUUGCCAAGAAAGCAUGACCUGUGUUUGCUUAGGAGAUACCAGGUGAACCCAUUUGAAAGGUUAUUUUACUGAAUGCAAAGCCUAUUGUCUUUAAAAAUGUGAAGGACAUGAAAACUGCUCCAGAUUGGAGGAAACUGAUCUAUUUUAAAGAUUUAUUUAUUUAUUUACUUUAGAGAGUGAGUGAUCGAGUGAGUAGUGGGAGGGGCAGAGGGAAAGAAUCUUCAAGCAGACUUCCUGCUGAGUGGGGAGCCCUAUGUGGGGCUUGAUCUCACGACCCUGAGAUCAUGACCUGAGCCAAAACCAAGAGUCGGACUCUUAACCGGCAGAGCCACCCAGGUACUCUGAGACUGGAGAUAUUUUAAAAUAACAAAAAGGAAGACUAGACAUUGUUAGAAGAGUUGGCAAAAUUCAGCAUAUGGAUUGGAUGGUGGUGUUUAUCAGUGUUUAUCUCCUGACUUGGAUGAUUGUUGGGUGCCUUUGUGGAAGAUACACCCUGGAGUAGGUAGGGGUAAUGGAGCCUCAUGUCUGCAGCUUAUUUUCAGAUGCUUUAGAGAAAGACUAAUAAUUUGUGUGUUUGAGUGCAAGUAUGCGAGGGACAGAUGGAGGAGGCGCAGUGCAGUUAGGAGAAUCGGAGUGAGGGGGAUAUGGGAGUCUUUUUGGUAUUAUGCUUGUGACUUAAGUGUGAAGUUAUUUCAGAAUAAAAGUUCAAGUUAAUUGACGUAACCUACCACAUCGGUAGAAAAAGCAAGUAAAGCCACUUGAUUAAUUCAAUAGAUGCAGAAAACAUAUUUGAUAAAACUUUACACCCAUUUGUAGUUAAAAAACAAAACUAGGAAUGGAAGGAAAGCUCGUCAAAAACAAGGAAACCAACAUAGAGCAAACAUCAUACCAAGUAGACAAAUACUGAGAUAUCUCUUCCUGAUAUGAAUGAGACAAGAAUGCUUAUUACCACUUCUGUUUAACAUAGGACUGAAGGCUCUAGCUUAUCAGUAAGGCAAAAAGGAAAAAGAAGUGUAAGGCAUAAAACUGGGGAGAUUGAAGCACAACUCAUUGGUAGGUGGUAUCAUUGCAUAGAAAUGUGAAAAAAAUCUAUGGAGACGUCAUUAGAAGUAAGUGAAUUAGCAAACUCACUGUACAAAAAUUGUUUCUAUAUAUAAACUACAAAUAGAAAAUAAGUGAUACCAGGAAAGUUGUAUCCACCCAGGAUAGGGUAGCAGAGACCAGAUUUACCUGCCUGCCUAAAACACAGGGAAAAGGGAAACAGAUAAAAUCUAGGAAAUCAUUGUUUUCAUGUCAGUGGACAUUAGGCAGUGAUCCCUGUGGGUGAUAAGUUCACUACAUUGUGGUGAUGCUUAUACAGGUGUAUUAAAUUAUAUCAAGAUGUACACUUUAACUACUGUUACAUUGCUGUUAGGUUUACAGUAGUCCUAAAACAGUAAGUUCUAGAAAUCCAAAAACUUCAUUGCCAAAUUAAAGGAUGUUGAAGACCAAAAUAAAUGGAAGGAUAUACUCACUGUGUUGAUGACUUUGAAGACUCAUUCCCCCCUCCCCAAAUUGAAUGGUAGAUUCAGUGCAACCCUAAAAACCAUCUAGCAGCUAAUUAGAAAUUAGCAAGUCUGAAUUUAAAAUGUAUAUGCAGAUUCAAUGACUAACCCUAGCUAAGACAACCUGAAAAUAGACAAAUAAAUCUACAGGACUUAGACUGCUGGAUAUCAAGAUGGUGGUUCAGGCACAAGCAUAAACAAUAUCCAGAAACAAGCCCCAAUAUAUUUGUCUAUGACCAAGGUGACACUGUGAUAUCGUGGUAAAAAGAUGACAUUUUUGGUAAAUGGUGCUGGGUUAAUUGGCUCUCUGUAUGUGUAAGAAAAACACUUUGUAGCCACCCACCAUACACAGAAACUCGUUUCGUAUGGAUUUACAUCUAAAUGUGAAAGGUAACACUUUCAGAAGAAAAUAUAGGUGAGCAUCAUGACUUUGGCUAAGACACCUUAAACAAGAAACCAAAACCAUAGAUAGAUUCGACUACAUUAGAAUUAAGAACUGUUUGUUCAAAAACAAAAACCAAAAAAAACAUAGGAGUUAAAAGACUGGGAGAAGAUAAUUGCAAUGCAUAUCUCAAACCAAGGACUCUUCUACAGAAUAUAGAAGGAACUCCAGCAAAUCAGCAAGAAAGAGAAAAAUGAGCAGCAGAUUGAACAUAAUUCACAGAGUAUACUUAAAUGAUCAGUAAAUGUGGAAAGUUGCUCAAUUUCAUUAGUCAUCAAGGAAAAGCAAAUUCUAACAAAUAUGCAAUACCACUGCACACCAGAAUGACUACAGUGAUAAAACACCAACUGAUAAUGAAGAUCUGAAGCAACUGGGACUAAUAAAAGUUUGGUGGGAAUGUAAGUUGUGCACUUUGGAAAAAUGAACUCUUUCUACUAAAGCUGAACAUACAUGUAAAUUUUGGCUGUGUAAUUAUACUUCUAGGUGUAUCUCGAACAGAAAUAUAUGUUUCCUGAAAGAACAAUCAUGGUGGUAGUAUUCUCAAUAGCCCAGAAGAAGUAGAAAUAGCAUGAAUGGGCACCAACACUGAAAUGCAUGCAUAAAUUGUGCUCUUCAUUCAGUGCUGUAUUCUACAGCAGUAGGAAUGAAUGAACCACAAUUGUAUGCAUGCAAAAGAAACAACACAGAAGAGUAAGUGCUGUGUUUUUCCACUCAAGAAGCAGGCAGAUGUAAUACAUGGUGUUAGAAGUUGGGAUGGUGGUUGCCUGGAUGGUGGCAGGUUGCAGAGAUUGACUUAAGGGGGCUUCUCUGGUGCUAAUAGUAUUCUUUUUAUCUCAAUAUUGAUUGUAGGUGUAUUCAAUUUACAAAAUUUAUUGUGAAUUAUUUAUAUAUAUUCAUGUUUGAGUGUAAAUGUUCCUUAAUAAAAGCAGAAAGUCUGACAUUGUUCGCUCUCUGCUAAGAUUCCUCCAGCAGCUUCCCAUCUCACUUAAAAACACAGCACACCAUGAAUAAUUAGGAUAACAGCAGUGAGCAUGUGUGUGAAGAAUCCCUGUGUGAUAAGUGCUUAUCUCUGUGAGUUUACUACAUAAAAUAUUUUGUUCCCUUCACUAUGUGACAGAUAACAAUGGUGUUCCUUAUUAAAAGCUAACCAAUUUAUCUUAUUCGAUAUAUAUGUUAAGUGAAAUAAUACUCCACAAUUUUACCACAUCUCCUAUGUGUUCUCUCACAGUUUCCUGGCAUAUAAAAGUGGAUAUGGCCAGUAUUAUGUAUUGAUUUUUCAAUAAAGAAUUCAAACAUUG